UCAUCUCUAUUGAUCAUGGUUUACUACUUUGCCCCGCGUGUCAGUCCCUCGUUGAUAAAUAUAUAUAUAAGAACUUUGUAAUAGGUUUGAGAAUAGCUUUGCAAAACAAAACCAAUGCAGAAUUGAAAAUGAUUCACAAAUUUGAUUCUGCAUUUGUCAAGCAAUUCCUCCAGGGAGAGGAUAAAUUCCUCAGUACAAUGUUCUCUAGAAUGCCACUCUUAGCUGGGGAAUUAGAUGAACAAGGAGAAAGGGAUAAAGGAUUGGAACAGCAACCGAAAAAUCAAGCAGUAUUUUUCAACGCUAAUGGAAAUUCCAAACGUGCCUUGACAUCCGAAGAACUCUAUGAGAAAUUUAACGAGUUAAAAGGUCAAAAGAAACUUAGUUACAAAGAAAAACAUCUGAAGAAAGGCUUAAAAAAUCGUAUCAGGAAAAAAAAUAAGCGUGAGGAGAGAGUGAUGCAUAAAAAGCUUAUAAAAUCAGAACCAAAUGCUACUAAAGUAACGCUAAAUGACAAGGAGGAAAUGGAAGUAACUCCAAAAGUACCUCGCGCUAAGCCAGUUUUCAAUAGUGAAGGACACAUGGUGUUUAGUAAAUUUGAUUUCUCAGAUAUUGGGAAUAAGAAGAAAGGCCAGAAAACUGAAAGACAUGCGAAAAAGGUACUGCAGGAGUUAAAGGAAAAGAAAAAUCGACUGGAGGCGCUAGUUUCUUCAGGCGACGCUGAAACAGCAAGGGUGUUACAGGAAAAAGAUGCGUGGAAAGCUGCACUUGCUAAGGCUAAUGGAGAAAAGGUAAAAGAUGAUCCAGAACUAUUGAAACGUACAAUUAAACGCGAUGAACUACAGAAAAAACGAAGUUCCAAAAAAUGGGAGUCCAGAAUAUUUGGAAUUGAAAAGGCUCAACAAGAGAAACAACGCAAACGAACAGAAAAUAUAAUGAAAAAAAAGAAGGAGAAGAAAACAACUAAAAUGAAAAAGGCUGCUAAAAAAGGUCGUAUAAUUCCAGGAUUUUAAGCUGUAUUUUUUAUGAUUAAAAAAGUCAAUAAUUGCAAAAUA